GGCAGAGACCCACGUCGUCAAGGAAGAUGAGAGGUAAAGGUACACUAGAGUACAAGGAUAAGGGAAAAUAUUUCAAGCAUGGUCGGAUAAUGUUGAUAAAGAAGCACAAAUGUGAUACAGAUGAAGACUAGACGAACUACAUCUACAGCUGUCGUACCUGUUUUGUCUCUUUUCUUCGUAGCUUCAAGUGUUUUUCAGGGAGGUACAGCAACAAUCUCUUGUAUUGACAUUGAGAAAAUUUCCACCGGGCCGAAGUAAGAGCGAUGCUAUCGCCAGCGCCACUUUGACUUGUUUGACAUGAUUCUCCCUUUCCUUUUACCUUGAUUCCAGAUUGAAAGAGAAAAAAACAAAGAUGAGUUCUUGUCCCGUUUGUUUCGAGGACUACGACGGCGUAAAUGUCCGUCCGAUGGUCAUCCCUCGUUGCGGCCACGGUCUCUGCCAGAAUUGCUACCACAAACUGCCCAACAAGACGAAAUGCAUCGUGUGCCGCGGCCGAGUAGAUACUCCCACUCCAGCAAGUCUGUCCAGGGCAGGUCGAAGUGACUCCAUGCCGGUGGUUGAGGCGUCCAUUUUUGGAUCUGCUGCUCCUCCGAGAGCGAGAGAGGAUACCGCGGCAGAAGAUGAAGAUGCCACUCAACCUUCUGCUGCGCCAGCAGCUCCGUUGAAUGCUAGUAAUUCUAGUCGUCGACAGCUCCGCAGAAAUCCUCGCGUCGUGGUUAACCCUGGGUGGGAAUGGGAGGACAAUCCUGCUGCCGGAUCCUCGGCAGAUUUUCCAUCUCUGCGGGAAGCUAACCCGACAGCCACAACUACGAGUGGGCUAAGCCGGGCAGGGCGAGGUGGACUUUUCGACGUUGACAGCAGCAGGCCCGGACCGAGUGCAGACAUCGAUCGCGGUGAUUACGACCAUUACAACAUCCCUGGUGUCGGUCGCACACGCCACCAGUUGGAGUCGCGUUGGUUUAACGAACGGGGAGAUCGCGUGCCGCUACGUAGAGUUCCCCGCGGACCCGCGGCACCCAUGUCGGCACGUCGCGCGGAGGAAACAGAGCCGAGCACCGUUGACGGUGGUGGAAUCCAAAUCAACCGACAAUUUGAAGCCUAUUUGCAGGAACAGCGCCAGAAGAAGCUGGCUGGUGCGGGGGCAACUACCGGAGCAAAUGGGAACAAUUCGAAAAAGUCUUCAAAAUCUUCCGCCUCUGCGACCACGAAUUCGGCUGGUGGGGGACCACCGCAAGGUGGAAUAAGAAACUCGUCCGCCACAAGCUCCUCGAAGGUGGCGAGCGAUCAAGAUCAGUCUUCGUCCUCUUCGCUGGAAUCCCAGGAAAAACUGCACCAGGUGACAGAGGCCAUCAGGAAGCGGCUCUGUGACGUUGAGGACACUGCGAUGUUUACAGCUUUGGAAAUGGACGUGCUGUCCAACCUUCUUUCGACAAACGCCCCUCCGCUCCAGUGGACGGCGCAACAGUGGCGCGCAGUGGAGAAGUUUACGUCGUUCUUGGUGAUGGAACAAGGUAAGUGCGGUGUGUUUUGGAAAGACGAAAGUACUGAAAUGAAAGAGCUUGCAGAACUACCACCCGCUGUGUCCUUGGCCACGGUGGAUGGACCCGAACAACAGCAUAAAAGCAAGUCGCUGCUUUUCCAGAUGUUCGGCACUGCACCAGCGGCGGCCGCCGCGUCCUCUACAGGUACAGCAGUCGUGACACACUGUGCAACUGCCGAUGCUUCUGCACUACCGGCCCCUGCAAGUGCGAGCAGCGUUCUUGUGGCCGAUCAGCAGCAGAAUGCGAGCAGCAUGGCGAACGGAAAUUAUCCAGCCCUGGAACGAGAGCAAAUCCAAAUGCAAAGUGCAUCAGCGGAUGCCUCGGUCUCGCCACAGACAGUACCUCACGUGCCGAUCAAUGUCGACGGUGAUGUCGUUCCUUCUUCACAAGAGCCCUCCGCGGCGCAACAGGACCAGGAGGCAAGUAGACGGAGUGGCAACGCGCCUGCGCCCGCAACGAACACUGACGAGCGGGGUUUAAUGGAAGGUGAGCAAGAGCGUGGAGAUCCUGCCCAUGGUGCGUCUCUCUCGGCAGCAACGAGCGCAAAUGUCCUCGGUGCAAACAACGCUCCUGUCGUUCCAGCGCGGACGGAUAUCGAAAGUCGUGUGCAGACGCUUCUGCGACUAGCGGAGGAGGACCGCGCAGCCGGUCGAGAAGACAUGUACAACGCAAGAUUGCGGCGCCUGGACGAGUUACUCGACGCCUCCAAUCCGGAGCAGGUGCGCGGCGACCUAGUUGCCCGGAGAAGGGAGCGGGCAUUGGAACGUGAACGGGAGAGACGAGCGCGAACGGUCAUCAGACCGGGCACUGAUGAUCUACUCACACAGGUCAUGCAAAGUCGGGUCCUCAACCGUCCCGGAGACGGAGGGAGAAUGGCGCCAAGGCUUCCGCCCCGGGAACAGCCACUGCACGACGCAGACCAUGCUCAUGUUGCCAUCGCGCCCUACCCGAAUCAGGGAACAAGUGGUACCGCUGCUGCAGGUGGACCGCCAAACACCAUCGGACAAAGUGCCGGCCGCGGGUCUGUUUUUGCUUUGGAUCGACCCGUGCCGCCACGGCUGCACCGUCGCGAGGGAUGGACUCACCAGGCUUCCUCGCCGCACGAAAUCCCCUUCAAUCCGGUGAACCGCGUCAGAACCCCACCAGGUCUGGACCCGUCCCCGGGGGCUUCGGCUGCGCCUCUUUCGCAAAAUCACGAAAAUGCGACGGCGCUGCCAGGACCACCACCACCACCAGGGGGCUUCGUUGCGAGUGCAGCUCGGAAUAUCGAGCCACAGUUGCAUCUGCAAGAAGCGCAGCAGGUCCAGAACGCACCUGGUUUGUUCACUGGGUUCCCGCCUGCGCUGGCGAAUGGCGGCGUUAUUGACAGCACUAGCGCAGCUGUAACUGGAGCUGCUCCAGGUGAUUUCGCGCAAGAACCAGCUCCACCUGGAGAAGCUCACACAGCAGCUAAUGCAACGGCGACAGGUGCAUCUCAAGAACAAGCGCAGAUCGACGUAGACGCACUGCCCGGUUGUAACCAAAAUGCUGUGCACCACCAUCGCGACCAGCAGAUCCGCGAUACAGUUGCGCGUGGCCUAGCGUUCUCAAACAGUGUUGUCACCUCGGACCGUCCCCGGGCGCUGGUGCAGGCAAGAGCGAUUAGGGAACAGCAGAACGCUCCGACCUUUUCAAAUCCGGUCGCGUCUUCCUCUGCCAGUAACGUGGCAGUAAUCGGUGCCGAAACUUCUGCUGCUACGGAUGUUGGCGGGCCGCCGGUGGUGGGAGGCAGCGGACCGACAUCAGGACUAAACGAAAACGGAAACCACAGCGGUAUUGAUCACACGGCGGACAACAACCAUCUCAGCAACGACGCUGGUUUAACGCCGAUGAUCACUAUGGUCCCUAGUUAUGCGCCCCCGGCACCGCAAGAGAUCUCUCCGCCGCGCCAGCAGCCGGCAGCUUCGAUGCCUGAAGAUCCCCCAUGUGGGCCAGAGGCGCGGCAGCAACCGCACGACUGGCGUCCGCGCGUCGUGAACCUGAGUCCGACAACCGGAACGGCUUCUGCACCGAUGCCGAUCCCCUUUGCGUCGAAUAAUUACUCGCACAAUUACGCUCCUGGCGGUAUUAACAACCAGCAGCCUAACGACGUCUACUUCGGCGGGGGGCCGAUGGCAAUGCCCUUCUCCUCCCCGGACUUCUAUCCGAAUGGGGCGUCAAGAAGACCGCAAGUGUUCAUCCUGAGUCCGCGGGGCACUGUACACCAGCGAACCGCGCCUCAGUCCCAGAACUUUUGGUGGACGGGAGUCGGUGCUACUGCUCCAGCAGCACCGGCCUUCGCACCGCCUGUCGGCUCGCAUGAGCCAGACGAGGCAUUCCCGUUCUUUCGGUAAGAAUGUUGAUGUUCUUGCGGACCUGGACGAGUGAGUCAUCACAGCAGGUACUUACGCAAGUGAAUACACUUGCCUAGCGUGUGUGUCUUUGUUUCAACAGUUUUCUUUUUAACAUUCGAUCGUUUAUCUGAAAGUCAAAGUUGCAAUCCUAAUCGUUAGCGUUACAAGUAGUUUCGGCAAUCUACUACAAGUUUUUUUACCGAAACAAAAUUUUCAUAUCUUUCAAUCUGACUUUCAAAUCAUGUGGAACUUACGCAACGGCAACACCUCUCUGGUUCUCAGAUUCUCAAUCGCGUUCAAUAGCUUACUUCACGUAUUUAAGUAGCCGAGGAGCAAUUUUUUGGAUUUUCUAUGUUGAUGGCAUCUGAAUCUGGUUUACCUUUUACAACGUCAAAGAAGAAAAUAGAGCAACAGCACCUAAAAACGAAUAGAUCCGUAGCGAUAGCCUGAUUACGGGAAGUUCACUACUUAUAUUAAAGCUUCCUGACCUUAGAAUUUCAAAACCCUUAUGAUUGAUGCUAGUUGAUUUCGACUCUAUCCUUUUGAUGAAGAUGUUUAGCUUACGUUGUUGAAGCCUAAAGUCUUCCUCUUCCGACUCUUGCAACGCUUUUACGAUAAGAAAUGUACAUAAUGUUGAAAAAAUGAAGCAGAAAAUCGAGAAAAACAAAUUGACGUCAUCAGUCCCAGUCACAG